CGCAAGCCUGUGUCCACCCUAUCCAUCCCUGGAUCGAUGAAGGGGGGCGCAGGCGGUGGAGGUGGGCGCGUUGCAGAGGGUGAGGAUCCGGGGAUAGCACUCGUGGGAGUACACUCAGAGUACCCACGGUACACCGAGGAGAAACAAGGGGCAGGAGCCUGCAAGAACGCUAGUUUCAAGCUGCGGAACAAGCCUAACGUGGGUUACCGGCUGGGGCGCCGGAAGGCCCUCUUCGAGAAACGGAAAAGGAUCUCCGACUACGCCCUCGUCAUGGGAAUGGUGGGCAUCAUCGUCAUGGUGGUAGAGAAUGAGCUCUCCUCAGCCCAGGUCUAUAAUAAGGUAUGGGACUUGUGCAGAAUCAGUAAGUCCAGCUUAUUUUCAUUUUCAAAAAAAUAUUUUCGCUCAAAAUCAUGUGAUAUUUACUUUUUACAUAUUUACUUUGCUUCACAUUCUGUAAGGGCUAUACAGCAUAUUGAUACGAUAAUGUGGAAUAUGUGUAGGUUGUUCGUUUGAUUAGUGAGGUUAAGCUGCAUUGUGUAUAUCCAGCAAUCGGAUGGGUGAUCGAUCAGGCAUGUGUUUCCUGUUUCCUACACGAAAACAGCAUACCAUACUAGUAUCUAGUAUCUACUAUGUAACAGAACCUUAGUCACUCAACAUUUGAAAAUCAGUUUUUUUAUGAAAAAGUGUUUUUAAGGUUCGUGGCCUGACACAAAGAAGACCCCAGAAGUCUUAAAAAGUCUACUAUCCAAAUUUUUCAAAACAAGUUUAAGGAAUAUGUACAUAAAUAAAAUAAAAUGGAAGUACGGAAAGCUGAUAAACUGAUGUGAUUUCCAAGUAUCAACGGGUCUCGUGGUUGGUGCGCACCCAGAAGGCAGGACACAUGUUGAACAGUUGUGGCUUAAGGACAAAAUUUUAUCCCCGCAAGAUUACUGCUUCUGUAGAGAGUGUGGGCUGUAAGAGGAGCCCCACGUGGAGUGAGCUGUGAGUGGAGCUGCAGUAGGUACUGCGGAUGAAGGCAGCUGCGAGCUGCAUAUUCCCAGCUGGCCUGAAGGGGCCAGCUGCCCUAAUUGUAUUGUUAAGGACAUCUGGGAACAGGAGAUGCCCAGGUCAGGAACGAACUGCAGUUUCCCGAGAAGCACCAAAGAGAUGCA